AGAUCGCCCUGGUAGGAUGUCGCCGCCCCUGUUCGCGCUCGCCGUCGCCUCGGCCUCGAUCGUCGUCUGCCUGGCGAUGGCAGCGGCGGCGGGUACCCCCUUUCCUGCCGCCUGCAGGGUGUCGGAGUUUGCGUGCGGCAAUGGCAGGUGCGUGCCGCACAACCGGUACUGCAACAACCAGAACGACUGCGGUGACGGGACGGACGAGCCCAGGUACUGCACCAGAUGCAACAGGACGUAUUAUGGUGUGGUAGGCAAGACGUACAAUCUGGAGCUCCAUCGACCGAAAGAAGACAAAAUACCCUUCAUUUGUAUCCUGACGUUCACGGCGGCAGGUGGCGAAUUUGGGGAUCUGAUACAGUUGACGUUCGACAGUUUCACGCUGGGCCGCUUCGUGUCCUUCACGUCCGACGGCUGUCCCGACGGUGCCUUACACAUAACAGAGGCGGACAGGCCGCGCGUGGGGGGCUCCUGGUGCGGCACCUCGUGGGGCCCCGCCGUCUACUACAGCGAGACCAGCAGCGUCACGGUGGCGGUGAAUCUGCUCAGGUUGUCCAAGGUGGAGAACGGCUACAACUUCGACUACGUCAUGGAGUACAAGCUGUUGAGGAAAAAGGCUGCGAUCGUCAGAUAUGGCGGGGGCCCUCCCCUCGCCGGCCCCCCACCCGCCUCCAACGCGACGGAGCCGUCGAUCUACACUGCCGCCCCCGAACCAGAAUACUACUUGGGCGAUCUGAUAACGGGUACCUACUGCUCCCGCAUCUUCAGCGACUGUGAUAGGAAGCACUGCCGUCUCCAGUCCCCCAACUUCCCGGGGAUCUAUCCCCGCAACCUCACCUGUUACUACGCCGUCAGGCAGCACGAGAUACCUCCAGGAAAACAUGCCUUAAUAACGGUGCGACAGCCCAAGGGCCAACUCAUUUCCAUUCGCAGCCAAUCUGCCCUCUACGGGACCGCUACGCCAAGGCAGCUCAAGGUCUGGGACGCUUGCGAUGACGUACAGGACUACGUCAACGUUUACGAUGGCUACACCACCAGGGACCCAGUGAUUCUGAAGUUCUGCGGCGGCGGAGAGGCCGUUCCCCAGGCCGUCUCCAGCGGACACGAGCUGCUCGUGGAGUUCUCCACUUCCCCCUACGGGACUUUUCUGCACCCGGUGCCGGUGCAGUCAUUGCACGGGUUCCAGCUUGAAGUCGAGGUGGGUAAUAU